CUAAAUCACAAAAGUUGACAAGCCAGAAAAAAGUAUUGUAGUCUCAGUCUCCGAUAAACACGAGAUUCAUAACAGACAAAAGUUUACUCAAUUUUUAUUUUAAGUUCACCUAACAUGUGGCUAGUAGUAGGUUACAGUAAUGUUAUAAAAACUAAAAAGAAGUGAGAUCAUAGAGACGUUCUUUUAACAAAUAGCCAACGCCAGAUAUUUAUCCGGAAGGUCCGUGAUUAGUGCGGCAACUUAUUUUAAAAUUCCGGCGUUAAAAGAAUCAAACGUGCUGAAAAAGUUAAAUAUAUGAUUACAUCUGUUGAGAUAAGAGAAAACAUUCGUAUAAACGAGACAUUAACUAAGCUGUUGACCAAACAUAAAAACAGAACAGGAGAAGAAAAGAGAGUAUGCUGAGCUUCUUUCUUCGCACCAUUGUUCUUCUUCUCUUCCUCUCUUUAAACUUGUUCGGCACUUUUGCUUCUCUUACACCUAACCUCUGUCCUCUGGAUCAAAGAGAUGCACUAAUUGACCUCAAGACGGAGUUCAAGAUCCGCAAGCCUGAUGAGUUUCUUGAUUAUGAUGGUAACUCCAUGAACGUCACUUCUUACCCCAAGACAGAAUCAUGGGCAAACAGCAUCAGUGACUGUUGUAACUGGGAAGGUGUCACGUGCGAUACCAAGUCAGGCAAAGUGAUCGGUCUAGACCUUAGUUGCAGCUGUCUUCACGGUCGGCUAGAACCCAACUCUAGUCUUUUCCAACUGCAACAUCUGAAAAGUCUGAACCUUGCUUACAACAACUUCACUCUUUCACCAAUCCCAGAUAAGUUCAAUAAACUCAUUUGGUUAGAAACACUCAAUCUCUCUGAGUCUUCACUCAAAGGUCAUGUUCCUAUAGAGCUUCUUCAACUAACCAACUUGGUGUCUCUUGAUCUUUCUUCUUCUUCCUCUGCUUCUAAUUCCUACUUCGCACCUCCUCCAGCUUUGCUCUUGUCCAUUGAGAACCCACCAUUGUUUCUCCCUCUACUUGCUAGAAACUUGAGAAACCUUAGAGCAUUGGAUAUGAGCUCUGUAAACAUUUCUUCAGAAAUCCCCCAAGAGUUUUCAUACAUGUCGUCUCUAAGAUCUCUACAUCUUAAAAACUGUUACCUGAUUGGAGAGUUUCCAAGCAGUGUUUUCAUGAUACCAAACUUACAGUCCAUUAAACUAGACCACAAUCCAGAACUGAGAGGGGAGCUUCCUGUGUUUUCAAUAAACAACUCUAUGCAAGUCUUGAGCCUUUUGGAAACAUCCUUUUCAGGUACCAUACCUGAUUCCAUUGGCAACCUCAAUUUAGUUUCUUUGACACUUUCAGAAUCCAGCUUCUCUGGGAGGAUCCCAUCUUCACUUGGAGAGCUUUCUAACCUCUCAAGUCUUGUUCUUUUUUCAAAUGGUUUCAUUGGUGAAGUACCAUCUUCCAUUGUUAAUCUAAAACAGUUGACCAUCUUCAGCGUUGGGUAUAAUAAGCUCAGGGGAAACUUUCCAUCCGGACUUCUCAACUUGACCAAACUACGUGGUAUCGAUCUCGGUUCCAAUGAGUUCACAGGUUUUUUCCCAACUAACAUUGGCCAACUCUCCAAACUGGAAGCCAUUUUCGCCGGUAGUAACUUCUUUACAGGAUCAGUUCCUGCAUCCCUUUUCCAAAUCUCUUCACUGACCCACAUCUAUUUGGAGGAUAACCAGUUCAGUGAUAUCCUUGGAUUAGAGAAUAUAUCCAUGUUACCUAAUUUACAGUAUCUCUUCCUUCACUCGAAGAGUUUCAGAAUCAGUAGUCCAGUUGACUUUAACGUCUUCUCUUCCCUCAAACAGCUAGUAGGACUAGCUCUCUCAGGCAUCCCUCUUUCAACAGCAAACAUCACCUCUGAUUCGGACUUUUCAUCGCAGUUUCGAUAUGUGUACUUGUCAGGCUGCAACAUCACUGAGUUCCCUGAGUUCAUAAGAGACCAAAGAAAUCUGGAUUCUCUAGACCUUUCCAACAACAAUAUCAAAGGUCAAUUACCGGACUGGUUAUGGAGACUAGAAGAGUUGCAAGUUGUGAAACUUUCUAACAACUCCUUAAGCGGUUUUGAUGGAUCUCUGAAAGCUGUAACUGGAAGUCAGAUUAAUGUGCUAGAUCUAAGCUCAAACGCUUUCCAAGGACCACUCUUCAUCCCAUCCACGUCUAUAACCUACUUGUUUGUCUCUAACAACAACUUGACUGGAGAGGUGCCUCAGUUGAUUUGUGGACUGACUUCUCCUACCAUCAUAGAUCUAUCAAACAACAACUUCCACGGCUACAUUCCUCGGUGUUUAGGGACGUACAUGAGUUCUCUUACGGAUCUAAAUCUUCGUAACAAUAGCUUCAGAGGAAGUCUUCCGGAUAUGUUUAUGCACGCCAGCAACUUAAGGUCCAUUGACGUCAGCCACAACAGAUUGGAGGGAAAACUUCCUUCAUCUCUUACCGGUUGUUCUGCUCUGGAAGUUCUAAACGUGGAGGGAAACAAAAUCAGUGACACAUUUCCAUUCCAGUUGAAUUCAUUGCAGAAGCUACAAGUUCUUGUCCUUCGGUCAAACAAGUUUCACGGCAAGUUACAUCAGUACAAUGGGGCAUGGUUCGGAUUUCCUGAACUGAAAAUCAUUGAUGCAUCACAUAACGACUUCCACGGCACGUUGCCAUCUGAUUACUUCCUCAACUGGACUGCAAUAUCUUCGAAGAAAGACAAUACACAGCUGCACUACAUUGGGGACUUUCAUGACUACGGCUACUACACUUCGGUGGUGUUGAUGAAUAAAGGAGUAUCAAUGGCACUGGAGCGUAUCCUCACAAUCUACACAGCCAUUGAUUUCUCUGGAAACAGGAUCCAUGGAGAAGUACCUGAAUCUAUUGGUCUGUUGAAGGAGUUACAUGUACUCAACUUGUCAAGAAAUGCUUUCACGGGACACAUCCCAUAGUCUUUGGCAAACCUCACCGCGCUGGAAUCACUGGAUCUAUCGCAAAACAAGCUUUCUGGUGAGAUCCCUCCAAAGCUCGGGGACCUUUCUUCCCUAGGGUGGAUAAACAUUUCACAUAAUCAGCUUGUGGGUUCAAUACCACAAGGUACACAGUUUCAACCAAACUGCUCUGCCUACGAGGGAAACCCUGGACUUUAUGGUCCUUCCCUUAAGGAUAUUUGUGGAGAUAUCCAUGCGCCAACAUCACUGCCGGUUUCAGAAGAAGAAGAGGAGGAGGAGGAAGAGGAAAGUUUGAGUUGGAUAGCAGCAAGGAUAGGCUUUGCACCUGGAAUUGUAUUCGGAUUGACCAUCGGAUACAUAGUGGCUUCAUACAAGCAUGAGUGGUUCAUGAAGAUUUUUGGCAGAAACAAGCACUCGUUUACUCAUCGAUCACACUCCCCUAAGCAUUGAUGUUCUGUUCCAUAAAGUUAUUGUAUUCAGUAUCAUGCUAUUUUUUUGUACUGCAAGAACAAAAUAUCAAGUUUUAUAUAAAACAGAAUAAACAGUAUACAUCCAGAUGAAUUACCAUAACAAGAACCUUAUUAAGGCUUCUUGAUCAGAGGACAAAUGCGUGGCUCCACCACCAUGUGAAUGUGUUUCAGUGGAAUAAGUAAAAUUAGUGUUUGGAGCAAGACAAAAGUAUCAUAACUUGUGAUUCCGCGUUUGAUUAUGUUUUGAAUCACAUCAUCAUGACACUGUCUCAUGUUCUGAAGCAUUAUUACAACUAUUCUUGUUAGUUUUUUGUUACCAUCAUGAAGGUGAAUGAAACAUACGAAGAGCGAAACAUCUUAAAGAAACAUACGAAGUUGGAGAGCAAGAUCAUAUUGAUUAUGAAAACUAUCAAGAGUUGCUCGUAACAACUAAUAUUCUAAUGUUUUCUUGAUUUUUGUAUAUUUUAUUCAACUGCUUGAUUAAAUUGCAUUCUAUUAUUUGUAAGCAGGCCGACGACCCGCAAAAACCCGAACGAAAUGGAGCCGGCUGCGGGGCAGGACAAACGGGCGCGAGACAACUUGUUUGCCAUCUCUUAUGAAGCAUAUCUAGAUCAAGUGAUCUAUAACAUGUUGAGAUCAUGAGGUGAGCAUGGAUUUUUCGAGUUACUAGCGAUUCAGAGAACUCCCAUGCUCGAUGAAAAUAACUUUGGACUUUGGAAAGUCUGUAUGAAGUAAAGGUUAAGGGGAUUGAAGAAGAUGUAUGAACUGCAGUCAAAACGGGUUGGACAGAGCCAUUUGUCAAAAAUGAGGAAGGUGAGCUUGUUGCAAAGCCAAAAGACAAAUGAAUAAAAAAGUGACAAGUUAGGCUCUAUAUUCAAUUCUAAAGUCAUUAAUUUAAGCUUGUUCAAGGUUGUUCAUCAACAAAAGAUGUUUGAGAUACACUUGUAAAUUACUAUAAAGGUAUGUAUACGUUCAAGUGAACGAGGCUUGACUAUUUAGCAUCUCAAUUCGAGACUUUAAUAAUGUUUAAAUAUGAAUCAGUUACAAUCUUGAUCUCAACACUGAAUUCGAUUGCUAAUGAAGCGAUAAUGUUAGGUGAAAAGUAGAAAGAUAAAAAGUUAGUCAAGAAACUGAUCCGGUGUCUUCCAAAGAAACGUGCUUCCUACAAAGGACUGAGAGCACCUUCAACCCAGGAUGGAGUUUUUUUUUGCUAAAAAGGAUGGAGUUCUUAAAAAAUGAUUAGAGCAUCUGCAUUGAAGGUUCAAUGCAGAAGUUAACACAUUUCCCCAAAAAAAAAAAAAUUAAAAUAUUCUAUUUUUGGUGAACUCAGCUCUUGCAGGGUCACUGGGAUGAACCUGGUUCAUCACUGUAUCGCGGGCCCCACGCCACAUGGCGGCCCGUGAUUGGUCCGCUUAAAUUUUUUUUUAAAUCAAACAGAAAAGUUAAACAAAAAAUAAUAAAAAAUUAAAGUUAUGAACCUCCCUUAAGGUUCAUUGAUGCUGAUGCCCUUAUAUUCCCAUCAAAUAAGUUCUCAAAAGUUUUUAUUUUAAAACUUAUAGAAUAAUACAUCUAAGAUUUUCAGAACCUCUUCCAGCAUUUUAAUAUUAAUUAACAUAUAAUUACUUUUUGAGAACUCCAUUUUCAUACCAUGGAUGGAGUUGUUCUGAAAGUGGGCAUCAAUACUGACAAGAUGAAGUUCUCAAUUUAUGACUUGGUAGGUUUUUUGUUGUUUUGAAUAUGGUUUUCUUAUUUUUUCCAAUCUAAAUACAGGUAAACCGUUUUACCAACUAAACAAUUCGCCCACCUUUGUCUACCUAUAUAAAUAACAAAUUAUGAAAGGCUUGGCUAUAAUAAAAUAAAAUACCUAUCAUUGGUGUAUACUCAUAAAUCUAACUAUGUUAACUAAUUUUAACGACCAAAUAUCAUAUUGGUAUGACAUAACUAUCAAAAAUCACAGAUAAAAUAUUUUAAUGAUCAAAAUGGAAAUCUAACAAAUUAAAAUGGCAAUCAAGCAAAUAUAGAAGAAUUUGAACAUAAAUGAGAUAUUUUUUUUUUACAACAAAAGGUUAUGAAAUGAAGAAGAUUCCUGGUCCGACUCCGAGAGCCACCUCGGAAGAAUUGAGUUAACAUAAACCAUAGUAGAUGGCAAAGUCCUAGCACCUCGUGCCAACUUGUCCGUCAGAGUAUUUUACGCCUUUGGUAUAACAUAAAUGAGAUAUUAGUAGAGUAAAAUAAGUGAUUUUUAAUAUUGAUGAUUUUAUAAUCUAAAUAAAAUCUAAUGAAAAAUGUGUCUAAUAUGUGUAUGUCUAGAAUAUUCAGUAUAUUUCAUCUUAUUUAUGUAAGUUGAAAUCAUGUUUAACGUUUACGUUUAUUUCAGUUGAUUUGAUAUUUAUUUAAACAGAUUCGAUUCUUAUGAAUAAAAAUACUUUAAUUAUUGUAUAUUUUUAAUAGGUCAUUGCUCAUUGGUUUGUUUUGUGAGUGAGAUAACCGCGUCAUUCAUUCUAUGUGAAAUCUCUAUGUGAAUUCGAAUUCACGAGUCAACUUCUUUUACAAUGUCUUCAACAUUUUUUCCAUUCUUUGAAUGGCUUUAUUGGACAAGUUAUUAAGUUAGAGUUUGCACCACAACACAGAUAGAUACACUAAACGUAAAGAAGAAAAUGAAAAAUGACGAAAACUUGGUCCAA